AUGUCCUCAACGAAACUCAGAGUCGCUAUCUGUGGUGGUGGUGUUGGCGGGCUCACCCUCGCGGUGACCCUGUCGCAGUACCCCGACAUCGAAGUCGACAUCUACGAGCGUGCUCGCCAGUUUGGAGAAGUCGGUGCGGGUGUCGGGCUGUGGUUAAGACCUUUCAAGGUACUCAGAAAGUUAGGGCCGAAGCUAGAACAAGAUCUACUCUCCAAGACUCCAAUACCGUACUCCGAAGAGUAUUCAACCGGUAUGAGAUACAGAAAAACGGAUCUUGACGGAGGCGAAGAUCUGUUCGCUGUCAAGUGCAAAGGCAACCUCAUGCAGCUUCAUCGCGCUGACUUUCAAUGCGCCCUUCUCGACAACGUCGGCGCCAAUGUGAAGACGCACACUUCCAAACGCCUUAAGUCAUACAAUCAGCCUAAGAGCGACACCGAGCCUAUCACCCUUGCGUUCGAAGAUGGAACGACAGCAACAUGCGACGUUCUUGUUGGCGCAGACGGCGUCAGGUCUGUGGUCAGGGCGCAUAUGAUGGAGGCGCUUGCGCAGGACCCAAGCGCGGUGCCGGCUCAUGAUCCGGAGGUCUACCGCUCGUGUAUCGAGCCAAACUUCAGUGGCGCUGUAUCCUACCGUACCCUUAUUCCUGCCGAUAAGGUGCGGGCUAUUGAUCCGAAUCAUCGGGUCUUCGACGGUGCAAGAACAUGGGUCAACCGCGAUAUCAUGACAACGACGUAUCCCAUCUCCAUGGGCAAAUUCGUCAACUUCGCCGGUUUUACACUGAACGAAAAGCUCAUGCGGACGGCACACAGUGAACGCUAUUCCCAGCAUGUCCCAAAUCUUUACGAUGGAGAAUGGGUCCGUCCUGUGACUGCCGAGGAGUUUACGGCGCCGUUCAGGACUAUGGAGAAGGACAUUCAUACUCUCCUUGAUUGCGUUGAAAACGGUAACAUAUGGGCAGUGCACGUCGUCAAGGUCCUGCCUACACAAGUCCAUGGACGCGUCUCGCUUCUAGGCGACGCUGCCCAUGCCAUGACGCCAUUCCUCGGCUCUGGUGCAGGUCAAGCAGUCGAGGACGCAUAUUUGCUUGGUCAACUCCUCGGAGACUCGCGUACGACGCGCUCCACGGUACCCCGCGCACUUGCAGCAUACGACGCCGUGCGCUGCCCAUUUGCAGCAGGGAUCGCGAAGAGCUCCAUGGACAAUGGUCGGCUGAGCGCAAUGCAGACGGAUCAGCAUAUUCCGCCGAGCGAAUGGCUGCCAAAGGUAGAGAAGUAUCAGGAUUGGGCAUGGGAGACAGAACUGGACGGGGACGUUGAGCGGGCAUUAAGUAGUACGGCACUUGUCGGCGGGCUCGCGUAA